UUUCUCUUGGGCCAAAAUGCCCACUCACGUCACUGUAAUUCAUUCCCAUCCUAUCCCUCUUGAUCCCAAUCUCCAGAGCCCAAAACCAACCCAAUCUCCAGAGCCCAAAACCAAACAAAUGCCAAGAGUAAUUUUUCACAAAAACGUGAGGACAAUAUGGUCCAUCAAAUUAUUCUUCAUUCCAUGUCAUAAACACCUGCACCUUCCUUAUCUUCCUAUCGAUUCUUCAACUACUCCUUCAGCUCGCUCUUCAGUCACUUCUCUUUACAGAGAAAAAAUGGCGACAUCUCUCUCCUCUACAAGAACACUCACUCUCUCUUCUCCUUCCACUUGCUUUACACAUUCAGCCACCAAGCAAUUCCUCGUCGAAUUCCCUCCCCGGACCAACUUCUCCGCCCUCACCCAUCGCUCUACACACCUCCGUCCCAUCUCUGCCGUUUCUACUCCUGAGAAAAUUGAAAAAUUGGGUACUGAAAUCUCCUCCUUGACUCUUGAGGAAGCCCGCAGCCUCGUUGACUACCUCCAGGAUAAGCUAGGAGUGUCUGCUGCUGCCUUUGCCCCCGCAGCAGCCGUCGUUGCUACCCCCGGAGCUGGUGGAGAUGCUGGACCAGCAGCAGUGGAGGAGAAAACGGAGUUCGAUGUUGUGAUUCAGGAAGUGCCGGCUAAUUCCAGAAUAGCGGUGAUUAAAGCGGUUAGGGCAUUGACGAGCUUGGCUUUGAAAGAAGCUAAGGAACUGAUUGAGGGUUUGCCUAAGAAGUUUAAAGAGAGUGUUUCGAAGGAAGAGGCGGAGGACGCUAAGAAGCAACUGGAAGAGGCUGGAGCGAAGGUUAACAUUGUUUGAAACAAGAAUGGGGAUUUGAAGGGAUGGAUUUAGUGGGUAAUUGUGUGUCUUUUUGUUUUGGGUAAUUUGAAAAUGUAUUUGAAUUCAUAAAAUUGCUAAAUUGAAUGUUGAUUUUCAGUGUUUUAGGAGUGUA